AAGCGUAUGACCCAUUAACACGGCAAUUAGCAGAGGAGCUGGACAUUGUGAUUGCAUCAGUUGAUUAUUGUCUGGCAACCAAGCAUAAAUUUCCAGCAGCCCAUGAAGACAGCAUGAAGGCCCUAAGAUUCUUCCUAAUUCAUGCUUCGGAGUUCGGUGUUGACCCAGCGCGCAUAGGGGUCGCAGGGGACAGCGCAGGAGGUCAUCUUGCUGCAGCAGUUGCUCAAGAGGCAUCAGAUGACCCGAGCCUUCCUCGUCUUAAGAUUCAAGUUCUACUCUAUCCAUUACUGCAACUGCUUGAUUUACAGACGCCGUCUUAUCAGAAAUACAUGUAUGACUUUGGCUCGACUGGAGGCGUUCUCACAGAGCCGACAUUGGGAAUUAUGCGUUGUGUCUACCUCCUUGGGAGGAUUGACGAAGACUUUAUUACAGCAUUUCGAGUGAACAACCACACAUCCCUUACCUUCAAGAAGGACAACCCAACGUACUACAACCAUGAGCUUGUACCUGCUGGCCUGAGGAAGCAUGUGUCUUACAAAGGGCCGGUGAUGGAGGAUGGAAAUGACGAGAUGUGGGCAAAGUACAAACACUUGUUCAAAGAUCCCCGUGUAUCGCCGCUUAUGCGUAAGAAUCUCUCUAGUCUCCCUCCAGCCUACAUUGUCAGUUGUCAGUAUGAUAGUCUUAGAGAUGAUGCCAUUAUGUACGCAGCUAGACUAGAAGCGGCUGGAAUAGAGACUAAGCUGGUCAAUUAUUACAAUGGUUGGCAUGGAAUGUUUAAUGCUCCACAUUUUGAGGUUGGCAGGCGAGCAAUCAAAUAUUUGGUCCAACAUUUGAAGACGAACUUGUAGUUCCUUAAGCUGGUUCUACACUACCGCAAAGCGCUGACACUUUUUUAAUAAUGGUAUCAGGGGCUUGUGAAAACUGUGAACAAAAUUCAGCCUCGGGCCAAAUUACUGAAAGCCAUUGGACCCUUUCGGUACAGAAAAAAAAAAAGUUCACAGAUUUACAAAUAAUUUACAGGGUUUA